GCUGGCCUCCUUCUCUUGCAGUACCGUGCAGUAAGGCCGUGCUCACUUCUGUGACUUGGACGUUCGUAGAGGGCAGGAAACAAUCAGGUCACAGGAGUUCAUUUCGCUGCGUGGCAAAUCUUGCAGAAGCAUUUAACUUUUUCAUCCCUCAUCUUAAAAAGUAACCUUGACUUUCAGGAUAAGGAAAACAAAGUGCCUGCAAGUAUAACCAAACGUCUGAAUCACGAGCAGAAAGUUACCCAGGAAGAAGAACUUAAAGAAGAAUUCAUAAGUUCAUAAUCAGCCUUGCAGGGAGAGAGGGAAAUCGCAGCUAUGAAUGAAACGGGAGACGAGAUUGUGGAGCAUGAACAGCGUAGCACGAGUUUUUCCAAGACAAGUACCAUAAUGAAGUUUAGUAAACAGAACGGUGCUAAUGGCAUCGGCAUAACAGAUCACAUACUUAGCAAUGGUAUUUCAAGUGUCAAUAAUAAUCAGUUAAAUGGACCAGAAUUGACAGCAAGAGCAACUCUUACUGCUGGAAGCAGUGACCCAGAAGUUCGGGACUCUCAUGUUCAGACAACGAUUUCUGCAGAGAAUGCGGAUUUGCUUAACGGACCUGACCAAGUGCUUCCAGCAACAGGAUUGUUUACAUCGAACGCCAAUGGCCGUGUUAAAAUACGAUGUGAAGAGAGUGGUAUGGGCACCAGGGAACCCAUCUCUGUACCUGGACUUUUGCACAAGAUAGCUCAAGAAUACCCUAAUCAUCCAGCACUUGUUUCCAAACGUGAAGAUGGUCAAUGGAAGGAAAUGACAUAUAAAGAAUAUGAAGCUUCUGUGAGGACAUGUGCAAAAGGAUUCCUGAAGCUAGGGCUGAAGCGAUAUCAUUCUGUCUGCAUCCUGGGCUUCAAUUCACCAGAAUGGUUCUUUUCUUAUUUGGGUGCUAUGUAUGCUGGUGGCUUUGCUGCAGGAAUUUAUACAACAAAUUCAUCAGAGGCUUGCUAUUACUGUGCUGUAAGAAGCUACGCUAAUAUUAUUGUAGUGGAGGACAAGAAGCAGUUGGAUAAAAUUCUGGACUUCAAAGACAAGCUUCCGGAGCUUAAAGCUAUAGUGCAGUACCAUGACAAACCUGAAGUUGAAGGAGUUAUCAGUUGGGAAGAACUGAUGAAGCUGGGACGUGGAGAGCCAGACGUACAUCUGAACAACGUACUGAAAACAAUUGGUGUCAAUGAGUGCUGCUCAAUUGUAUUCACUUCUGGGACAGUUGGUAACCCAAAGGCUGCCAUGUUGAGCCAUGACAACUUUACAUGGGAUGCGAAAACCAUUGCACAAUAUAUGGGAGUUUCCAAAGGAAAUGAAGUCCUUGUCAGUUUCCUGCCACUUAGUCAUGUAGCAGCACAGAUUUUGGACUUUCACAUUUCUAUAGCAGCUGCAGCAACAGUCUACUUCGCUGACAAAGAUGCCCUUAAAGGAAGUCUGGUGAAAACUCUUCAGGAGGUUCGUCCUACUCGGUUCCUUGCUGUACCUCGAGUCUGGGAGAAGAUUUAUGAGAAGAUGCAAGAAAUUGGCAGGCAGUCAGGUGUGAUUAAAAGAGCUAUUGCAACUUGGGCAAAGGGACAUGGACUUCAGCAUUACCUUGACAAGAUGAAUGGAAUUGACAGCAACACGUUUUCAUACAUGCUAGCCAAAAGACUCAUAUUCUCUCGAAUCAAGCAAGCCUUGGGUUUGGAUCGCUGUGUCACUGCACUCUCAGGAGCUGCACCAAUCUCUGUUGACAUCAAGAAAUACUUCUGGAGCAUUGACAUUCCACUUAUGGAUGCAUUUGGAAUGACGGAAACUACUGGAGGACACACACUCAAUAAUGAGAAGGAAUUUAGGUUAGAGGCUACAGGAAAGAAAAGAGAUGGUGUUUACUCCAAGAUUAUGUAUGCUGAUGAAGAUCAACAGGGAGAGGUGUGUAUUAAUGGGCGGCACGUUUUCAUGGGCUACCUGGAUGACCCUGAAAAGACUUCUGAAGUUUUUGAUGAGGAAGGAUGGCUUCAUACAGGAGAUCUUGGAAAGAUCGAUGAAAAUGAUUUUCUAUAUCUCACUGGCAGGAUUAAGGAGCUGAUUAUCACAGCUGGAGGCGAGAACAUUGCACCAGUUCUGAUUGAAGAAGAAGUGAAGGCUCAACUUCCAUGCCUCAGCAAUGCAAUGCUCAUUGGAGACAGAAAAAAAUUUCUUUCAAUUCUUCUCACAUUAAAGACUGAAAUGAAUUUAGAGACUGGUGAGCCUCUGGAAGAAUUAGCACCAGUCACAAAGCAGUGGUGUAAGGAGCUCGGCUUGGAAGCUAGUACUGUGAAAGAUGUUCUGAAUGGAGCAAACAAACAGGUCAUGGAUGCAAUACAGAAAGGCAUUGAUCAAGCAAAUGCCAAGGCAAUAUCCAAUGCACAACGUGUACAGAAAUUCCAGAUACUUCCUCAUGACUUCUCAAUUCCUACUGGGGAGAUAGGGCCAACAAUGAAGCUGAAACGUAAUGUUGUUUUAAGGAAAUAUGCAGACAUCAUUGAAAGGUUCUACCAAGAAACAUAACAAGAUAAUGGCAGAACCUACUUACUAUAUGCCCACAUGAAGCCAUCGGUACUUUCAGUGAUCUUCUAGACAACUGAGUACUAUAAUUUUCUGUUUUUGCUGGGAUUCCAUUCCAAAAUGAGGUGCUAUCUCCAAACAAAUAAGGUACACAGUAGUAUACUGUGUUAUGUAUUUGUUUCUUAUGUACUUACAACAUUUCUUCUAGCUAUCAUGAUAAAAUAGUGCUAGAGACAUUCGACUGUAUUAUCUAGAGAUGAGCCUUAGUAUGUUGAAGUGGUAUGAAAUGUUUAUAUAGGAACCAAGACACUCUUGUUACAUAUCAUAUUUUAUAGAAAUUAAGACUGUAAUGCAUAGCAAAGUUGGUGAUAAAUAAUAAAUAUUUUUUUUCUGCGUUCUACUUAGUUUAUCGUGCAUAUUUAUGGCAAAAUUAACGUUUAAAGUUACAAAGUUCUAUACAUUCCUGGGAUUCAAAUUAUUGUUAUGAGUUAUGUUGCAAGGAGAAAUAAACUAUAUUGAGACCUGCA